CAAAAAUCAUCGGAAAAAUUUGAAUUUUUCCAGCAGUACUCUCGGACGAUUCCAUUUUCAAGUGCAAUUUCAUCAACUAGCUUCAGCGAUACCGGUACCGGCUUCUUUCUCAUUCUUAUUCGAUUCGUCUUGUUGGUUAUUGUGAUUUUGUGACGUGUCGUGAUUAAAAACGAACUGAACAAAUAUGUGUGACGAAGAAGUUGCCGCACUCGUCGUAGACAAUGGAUCCGGUAUGUGCAAAGCCGGUUUCGCCGGUGACGAUGCUCCCCGUGCCGUGUUCCCAUCCAUCGUGGGCAGGCCCAGACAUCAAGGUGUGAUGGUUGGUAUGGGACAGAAGGAUUCCUACGUAGGAGACGAGGCUCAAAGCAAAAGGGGUAUCCUCACCCUGAAAUACCCCAUCGAGCACGGUAUCGUCACGAACUGGGACGAUAUGGAAAAAAUCUGGCAUCACACCUUCUACAAUGAACUUCGUGUGGCGCCCGAGGAACACCCCGUGCUCCUGACCGAAGCCCCAUUGAACCCAAAGGCAAACAGAGAAAAGAUGACCCAGAUCAUGUUCGAAACCUUCAACACCCCAGCUAUGUACGUAGCAAUCCAGGCUGUGCUCUCCCUGUACGCCUCCGGUCGUACGACAGGUAUCGUGCUCGAUUCAGGAGACGGUGUAUCCCACACCGUGCCCAUCUACGAAGGUUACGCCUUACCACACGCCAUCCUGCGUCUGGACUUGGCCGGUAGGGAUUUGACCGAUUACCUGAUGAAGAUCCUCACCGAACGUGGUUACUCCUUCACAACCACCGCCGAAAGGGAAAUUGUCCGUGAUAUCAAGGAAAAACUGUGCUACGUAGCCCUGGACUUCGAACAGGAGAUGGCAACGGCGGCCAGCUCAAGCUCCCUCGAGAAAUCCUACGAAUUGCCCGACGGUCAAGUAAUCACAAUCGGUAACGAGAGAUUCCGUUGCCCAGAAGCCCUCUUCCAACCUUCCUUCUUGGGUAUGGAAGCCUGCGGUAUUCACGAAACCACCUACAACUCAAUCAUGAAGUGCGACGUCGAUAUCCGUAAGGACUUGUACGCCAACACCGUGCUCUCAGGAGGUACCACCAUGUACCCAGGCAUCGCCGACAGGAUGCAGAAGGAAAUCACCGCUCUAGCCCCAUCCACGAUGAAGAUCAAGAUCAUCGCGCCACCAGAAAGGAAAUACUCCGUAUGGAUCGGAGGUUCCAUCUUAGCCUCCCUGUCCACCUUCCAACAGAUGUGGAUCUCCAAACAGGAAUACGAUGAGUCCGGUCCAUCCAUCGUACAUAGGAAGUGUUUCUAAAUUAUUGAAUUUUUCGUUUCUACAUUCCAUUACUCAGUAUGUUUCACUUCUUGUAUUAUAGCGCUGCCGAUAGGAUGCCGAUCAACAUCGAUUUUUUUUUUCGUGAGCUGUCAUGUUAUACAUGAGCGAGUGUAUCUGGAUUUAGGCAACAAGUGACACAUUUUCAUGCACUAGGCCAAAGUAUUAUUCUAUCCUUAUUUUGUAAUUUAUUCCAUGUGCAGAUUCAAGACUUUAUUAUUAUUACUUUUAGGCUAAUACUUAUGGGAUAAUAAAUAAAAAUUGUAAAACAA